AUUCACUCCCUCGCAGCAGCGGACCGGCCUCGUAUAAAGGGUAAAGUGGGCGGCUCCUUUCCGGUUUCCAGCGACCAAACAAGGCAAGAAAGACAGGUCGAGCCCCGUCGCCAUCCCCCGCAUUAUAGCUUUUUAGUCGGCAGCGAACAUGGCAGAGGAGAAGAAGAAGAAGAAGAAGAAGAAACACAAGCACGAUGACCAGAAGAAUGAUCAGCAAAAGCCUGCGUCGGACGCUCACUUCAAGCCGAGCGCCGACGUCAAGGGCAUCCGCUUCGGCGCCCAAUUCGUGGUCAAGUCCUUCACCGUCCGGCAGGCGGCGCCGCUCGAGCUGCUGCGGCUUCUGGACAUCCCGCCUUCCUGCCUCAGCCAACGCCAGAGCCUUCCCUUCCUUUCCACCACCACGUACCUGCCCACCAACUUCACCAUCCUGGCCCAUCAUGCAUGGCACACGCUCACCCUCGGCCUGGGCACCAACAAGUCCAAGGUGGUGAUCUUCGUGUUCGAGUCGGAGAGCAUGAAGCUGGCGGUGGACCAGCUGUGGCCGCGCAUGAUCCCGCUGGGGGACGUCAACAAGAAGCUCAUCCGGGGGCUCUCCGGCUGCGAGAUGUCGAGGUUCAAGUUCCGGAAAGGGUGCCUGACGUUCUACGUGUACGCCCUGCGGCGGCUGGGAGCUACCGGCUUCUCGUGCGCCGAUGACCUAAGAAGAAUUCUCGAGGCGGUCGUGGCCCUCAAGGAUUUCUUGGACCACACCGCCAUGCUCGCCCUGCCCACCCAGCGAAGCAUCACCUUCCCCAAUCCACCUGCAAUGGCACGCUGAGAUCUGUUCCUUCUUUAUUCCAUGUCUUUCGAUUCUUUGAUGGCAACAUAGUUUUUGCUCCUCCCUUCUUUGUUCCGUCGACAAUGGAAUUAAUCUGAACAUGUUGAGAUCAUCUAAUUCUUUCUAACACAA